GGGGUCACUGCUGGCAGGGAAGAGGACAGGGGUCACUGCUGUCAGGGCAGAGAACAGGGGUCACUGCUGUCAGGGCAGAGAACAGGGGUCACUGCUGGCAGGGCAGAGGACGGGGUCACUGCUGGCAGGGCAGAGAACAGGGGUCACUGCUGGCAGGGCAGAGGACAGGGGUCACUGCUGGCAGGGCAGAGGAUAGGGGUCACUGCUGGCAGUGGACAGGGGUCACUGCUGACAGGGCAGAGGAUGGGGGUCACUGCUGGCAGGGCAGAGAACAGGGGUCAAUGUUGGCAGGGCAGAGAACAGGGGUCACUGCUGGCAGGGCAGAGAACAGGGGUCACUGCUGGCAGGGCAGAGGACGGGGUCACUGCUGGCAGGGCAGAGAACAGGGGUCACUGCUGGCAGGGCAGAGGACAGGGGUCACUGCUGGCAGGGCAGAGAACAGGGGUCACUGCUGGCAGGGCAGAGGACAGGGGUUACUGCUGGCAGAGCAGAGGACAGGGUUACUGCUGGCAGGGCAGAGGACAGGGGUCAAUGCUGGCAGGGCAGAGGACA